GAUGAAAUGAGCGAAAGAGACGGAUAGAGAGAUUCUAAGGAAAUUUGGGACGCUUGCUUUGUUGAGCGGCUUGAUUUAAUAGCUAAUCCCACCCAGCCGCCGGAAUGCUGCCGUCCACGGGCCUCUUCAAGGGCUUCCUGUGCCCGUACUUCGAUGGCCAGGAUGCGGCCACCUGCCGCCGUCCCUUUUGUCACUUUAAGCACGCCCGCAAAGACGAUGUGGAGGCCGCUCCGCCCGCGGAACCUGCUCCCGUGCCCGAGUACAAGCCGGCUCCCAAGCUGCUCUCCCUCCCACUGCCCCAGAUCACAUUGUGUGCGCCCCGGAAGAAGGCCAAACUGGAGUACCACCCGGAGAAGCCGGCUCUGAACGCCUCGCCGGCGAAGAAGAAGCAGGAGGCGGCCGUGGACAGUGCCCCCAAAUAUGUGCCCGGCCAGCCAUCCGCCACAAAUGGUGACGCAGACGUAGAGGACUGGCAGGCGGUUCUAGAGAAGGAGAUCGAUGAGCAAAUGCAGGUCGAAAUCGAGGAGCCGCAUCACGACAGCGAUGAGGUGGAGGAGGUCCAGGUGGUGGUCAAGCAAGAGGAGCAGGCAGAGCAGCCAAAGAGUGUCAGGGAUAGUCACAAAAAGGAGCACAAGUCGAGCAGGGAAAGGGACAAAACCAAGGUCAGGGAACGUGACAGGGAAAAUAACAAGGACAGGGACCGGGAGAAGAACAAAAGCAGGGAUGAAAACGACAAGCGAAAGUCAUCUCACAGCGACAAGGAACGCUCUAGGGAGCGGCACACCUCGAGCUCAAGUUCCUCCAGGCAUAAAUCUUCCUCGAGCUCCUCUGCCCACAAAAAGUCCUCCAGCAGCGACAAGCAUCGGGACGAGAAAAGCUCGAGUAGCAGACACAAGAGCAGUUCCUCAUCGUCCGCCUCGAAGAGUCAUCACCACAAAUCCAGUUCCUCGAGCUCGCGCUCCAAGUCAAAAAGCAGCUCGACAUCCAGCAAAAGCACCGGCACUUCGAAGAGCGAACCGGAGGCGGAUAAGGAGGCCGAAACUGCUCCCGCAGUCCAACCAGCAGAUCCCAUUGAUGAUCUGGAUGAACUCGACUUUGACUUCGAGGUGGACACUUCCGAGGGAGAGAUUGUGCGGCAGUGCGAGAUGAUCUUCGACGAGAUGGAGAAAAAGUUCGCAGAUAUGCACAAGGACGAAGGCGGCGAUGACAACCCGGAGAGCUCUCGCAAACGCAAAGCAUCCUCGCCGGACAUUGACACCUUCACCGAGGCGGCGACGGCGGCUCUGCAGAAGCGGCGGGUGGCCCACGAGAAUGCCGACAGGAUCAAACCGCAUUUGGCCCCCUCGGUGGCGAUGCGCAAGCCCAAUCACAUCCGCAAUGCGAUGCAGGCGAUCUUUGAGCGCCGGGCGGAACUGCGCCGCAAAGAAAAGCUGCAAGCCGAGGCCGCCGCCGAGCAGCUACGUCAGGCCCAGGAGCGAGUGCGCCAAGCGCAGGAGGAACUCCGCCAGGCCAAGGUCAACUCCAGCCUCACACCCCUGAUUCCACGAAGUGCUUUGACUGCACCAGUGCGUUCAGCUCGCAGCAUUGCUCCCGUGGCCAACAUAGUGGCCAUUGCUCGGGCCAAGAAGAAGAUCGAGGAACUGCAGGCUGAAAAGAAACCCGCCUUCACGCCUGCCCAAUCUUUCAAAGGAGCUGGCCGGGUGGCCCACAAGCCCACGGCUGCGUUGGAAAAAGCAGCUCCGGUGGCCAACGAAGACAAUGCCGAGAAACCGACCAUCCUGGAACCCAGUAGCUCGAAGAUAUCCUACAACGUGCGCGUCCAGUAUUAUGAGAUGAUGGUGAAGCACUGCACCGUCAUCUAUCCGCAGUUGCCAGAUGCUUGGGAGCGCGCCCAGGUGGAGGAGUUGGCCGUCUUCAAGAAGUGCAACACGCCCGCCAUCUACAAGAACAGCUGCAUGUUGGCGAUUAACAAGCUGCGCAAAGAGGCCAUUGAGGCGGGAAACAGGCCGAGCGCGACCACCAAGACGGUGUCGCAUGAGAUGAUGCUGGGCGGCAAGAGAGCACUGACCACCUCAUGGAGUGUGGAGAAAAAAGAAAAACUGGGCUCCGUGGGCAACGGCGAACCUUUCGAUGCUUUAGACGCUGAGAAAGCAUACGAAAUGGUUUACGAUCUUCGCCUGACGGAUGAGCAGCUGGUGGAGAAUGGCUAUCCGCGACCGGGAGAGAAGCGAGGAUCAGCAGUAAUUCGCGCCUGCCGUCCCAACCGUCGACCCAACCAGAGCGAACGCUACUGUUCCCGCUGCGGCAAGGUGUUCAGCUUGGACAUAUACGAGCACCCGGGCUCCGACAUGUGCAACUACCAUCCGAAAAGCACGGGCUACCGGCGAGGAUUCACGGAUAAUCAGCACCGUUGCUGUCAACAGCCGGCGGGAACUCCUGGCUGCACCUAUGCCAACUACCAUGUGAGCGACUACUACGAUCCGGACAAGCUCACCUGCUUUGUGAAGACGAUCGAUCGGGGAGACGACAUAGUGCCCACUAAAAAGGACAUAUUCGCCUUGGAUUGCGAGAUGUGCUACACCACACACGGAAUUGAAUUGACGCGCGUCACGGUGGUAGACAUAAACGGACGCAGUGUUUACGAUGCUCUGGUCAAGCCGGACAACCAGAUUGUGGAUUAUAAUACCACCUACUCGGGCAUCACAGAGGCCAUGCUCUCUACUGAGACGCGUAAUAUACGCGACGUUCAGGCCGUGCUGAUGUCCAUGUUUCAUGCCAAAACUGUGCUCGUUGGCCACAGUUUGGAGAGCGAUCUGAAGGCACUCAAAAUCAUUCAUGACGUUGUGGUGGACACCUCGGUGCUGUUUCCCCACAAGAUGGGACCGCCAAAGAAGCGCGCCCUUAAAACGCUUUGCAUCGAAAACCUGAAGCGAAUUAUACAGGAGAAUGAGGCCGGCCACGACAGUGCCGAAGACGCAGAGGUGUGCAUUCAGCUCAUCAAGUACUAUCUGCGCAAUAAAAUCAGUUGAGCUGCUAUCAUUCACCAUCCUCAGCAACCAGUUCAAAAGCAUUACAUACAUUUGUUAAUAUGUAUUCCAUGCCCAUCAAGAAAUCAAAGCCUAGCCCUUAAUCGACCCAUAUUUUUUAAGAUCAAACUGUAUUUAUAAAUAAAUCAUCAAGAUGACAGUGGAAAAGU